UUGGUGAUAAACAUUGCAAAUGUGUAAUAAAUAUUCGCAAAUAUGGAAGAUUUUUCCAUUCUUUUCUUGUGUUUGAUCCGUUUCCCCAUGUUCGGAGAAGAGAGAGAAAGGGUUUUGUUCUUCUUCAAUUUUAGAUUUCUUUUGGGGUUUUAGUUUUUUUAUAUCUGCUAGAUUCUCUUUCCUUUCUUGUAAGCUGAAGCUAAGAUUUUGCCUGAACAAGUUCCAAAUCUGCUGUUUUUCCCUCUUGAAACUACACUUAGUUCUCUCUCUCUCUCUCUCUCUCUCUCUCUCGUACGAACUUCAGCUUCAUGUGCAUCAGUGCCUUCCUCAGAUCACUUUGAGUUUCUCUCUCCAGAUCCGCAACUUUUCUUCCAUUUUCAAAGACUCUUGAUCUUUUCUUCCUCCAUUUUUUUGGGUGAAUAUGUCUUCGUGGAUCAGUUUAACUGCCAUAGAUUACGUAAAUACCUCUGAAUUGGAUAAGAUGGGAAGAGGGAAGAUUGAGAUAAAGAGGAUAGAGAAUGCGACCAAUCGUCAAGUGACGUUCUGCAAGAGAAGAAACGGGCUGUUGAAAAAAGCUUAUGAGCUCUCUGUCCUGUGCGAUGCCGAGGUUGCCCUCAUCGUCUUCUCCAGCCGCGGCCGCCUCUACGAGUACGCCAACAACAACAUACGAUCAACCAUCGAGAGGUAUAAGAAGGCGUGUUCCGACAGCACCAACACAAGCUCUGUCCAAGAAAUCAAUGCUGCGUACUAUCAACAAGAAUCCGCGAAGCUGAGGCAGCAGAUCCAAAUGCUUCAAAACUCCAACAGGAAUUUGAUGGGAGAUUCAUUGAGUUCCUUGAGUGUGAAGGAACUGAAAACGCUUGAGAACAGGCUCGAGAAAGCCAUGUCCCGGAUCAGGUCUAAAAAGCAUGAGUUGCUGCUUGCUGAAAUUGAAUUCCUGCAGAAAAGGGAGAUGGAACUGGACAACGAGGGCAUCUAUCUGCGAACAAGGAUAGCGGAAGUGGAGAGGCUUCAGCAACACCAUAGCAUGGUCAGUGGUCAAGAGAUCAACGCCAUCGAAGCCUUAGCUUCUCGCAACUUCUUCGGCCAUAACCUUAUCGGCUCCGGAGCUAGCACCAGCACCGGAGCUGCUUACUCCGACCUUCAGGACAAGAGAACCCUCCAUCUCGGCUGAUACGAUAUCAAACUUCGUCUUCGCCAAAAAAAAAAAAAAAAAAACUCCGCGAUUUGGGCCGUCUUCUUCGUUAUCUAUAUAUCCAUAUAUAUGCUGUAUAAUAAAAUGAUCAGUCGCCCUUUUGGAGAUAUAUCCGUUAAAGACUUGAAUAUGUUACGUAACUAUAUAUAUAUGAAUCAGACGCAUUAUUCACACUCUUGUGGUGUUUGUUUGUAUUCUAUAUAUCUUUGCAUGGGACAUA